AUGUCCACCCAAUCCACACCGAGCAUCCUCUUCACGCACCGUUCCCCGCAGCGUGGAUUCCGGCUCCUCGAGCUUCCACCAGAUCUAGCUGAGCUUCUGGCGUCGGAUGACCCUCCUACCCUCGAGCUCAAAUCUCCAACACAUUCCCAAAACACGUCCGCAUCCGCAUCCACAGCACCGGUCCCGGAAUACGUCAAUCUCUGCACACCGAACAAGACAUACUCGAUCCGCCAAGUACAGUCGUCGAACUCGCUGCAUAUCCUCACACCUAGUACCGGCGGCGCGGUCCGGAAAGAUGAUCUGAGUAUCGUGGCAGAGGAGGAAGAAGAUGCGGAUAUGGAUCGAGGCCUUAAUGUCGAGGGGACAGUAACGUCUAUUGCGAAGUGCGGGUCGACGUUGGAACUGCAUACGCCGCCCGAGGGGUUCUCGGUGACCGGGGUUUUGAGUGCUGCGGCGAGGGUCUUUGGGGAGGGGGUGGAGUUGGAUGGGAACGGGGAUGUGGAUGUGGAUGUGGAUAUGCAGGGCGACCAAGACAGAAGCACACGGAAGAUCCUUGAUGAGUUAUUCGCUGAUAUCCCUGUUUCGAAGGCACAAUGUAAGACCGGCUGGGCGGAGAUGUGUGGUUUUGUGAUUCCUCCGGGUGAUGGCGCGACGUUGGCUUCGCCGGUAUCAUCGUACUGCUGGCGGCCCUCUGCGGCGAAGAAGCUGGAGGUAUGGAAGAUGAUUGUCGACGGGGCCGUCCUUCAGGGUAUCGAUCUGGGGAAGCAGUUUCUUGUACGGGACUUGUGGAGGUCUGUGCUUGAUGAUGAUGGGAACGAGCCGUUUCCGAAGCCGCUGUUUGAGGCUGUUGUACGGAGGAUUCGGGAGUCCGGUGAUGGGGCUGGUGGUGACUUGAAAUGGGCGAGCAUCGACAAGGAUGGCUGUGUUCGAUGGGUAGGAGAGACCUAUCUCGAGGCUACGGCUCCUGGUGCUGGGUCUGCUAUAAGCGAAAGCCAGCUGCUGGAAGCUUGGAGAGAUCAACUUCCAGAGGCUUGGAGAGGCGAUGUCUCCUUGUCAAUCCUACCGGAAACUUGCUACAUGCGUCCCGAUCCGAAAACCAUAUGCUUUGCUACUGAAGCCGAUCGACAGAAGGCAAAGAAGAAUCUUCCCACCGAUAACAGUGCAGCCGCCAAAAAGACAAGGAAUUGGCAUGAAUUGUUCAAGAACCAAAAGAGACAGAAACGAUGA